AGGAGUGUUGUUACAAGACAAGAGAGACUGCGUGAUAACUCCUGAUGCCAAACUCUAAUAAGUCAAUCGUUUGCUAAACCCUUCCAAAUUGGCUCACAUGGCGUCAUAAUAACACCUACGAAUCCUGAUUUUACAACACCUGGACCAACACUUCUAAUCCGGAUCUGAGGGCAACACAACAGUGACUGACUGACUGAGGCUCUUCAUGUGUAGAGGAAGUGAACGACUGAUACUGUUCACGUUAAAUGACACUCUAUUAAAACUUCUCCAGACAUCAUUAUGCCUCCUAUUGUGUUUACCGAGGUGCUGACGUUCUCCAGUGAAGAUCCGAAUCAUCCAGCAGAAAACCUCAUACGUGCUGACACAUUUCGUAAGUGGAAGUGUGCUCCUGGGACAGCAGAGAAACAAUCUUCAGUCACACUGAAGCUGGAAAAGUUGAGUUCUAUCCAGUCCAUCGACAUCGGCAAUGAAGGAUCAGCAUUUGUGGAGGUGUUGGCAGGCAGAGAAGGAGCUGCAGCUUUUCAGGUACUGCUUGUUGCUUCAUCCUUUAUGACUCCUAUUGAGUCAAGAAAUUGCAGCGACAUGCACCGUGUCCGCAUGUUUGGUCCUGAUAAGCUGAACAAAAAUGUGGCAACACAGAAGUGGGAUCGCCUAAAAAUUAUUUGCACACAACCAUUCAACAAGAAUAUGCAGUAUGGCCUGUCCUUCAUCACUGUUCGAGCCCCUGGAGAUGACCCCAAACCGUCCCCACCUAAAAUGACCAGACUUGGAAGUUUCACGCUGAAGGACGAGGAGGAGGACGACAAUAUAAAAACUGGCGAUUUAUUUGCCCGAAGAAAAGAAAAGGAAUCUUCUCCAGCCAUAUCUGGUGCAGCAGGCAUCCGAGCUGCAUCAGCAGCUGCUCUAGCCUCUGUCUCGUCACCAGGAGCCAAUAAGAGAAAAAGUCAGGACCCACCACCUGAGUCAGGAUUCUACCAGUUGAAGAAAACAAAAGUUUCGGACCCAGAUCCAACAAAGACUUCACCUGUGUCCAAACCUGCACGACCUCCCUCUGCCUCCACCCCUCACAGGAAUGACCAGAGUUAUGAUAGAGAAAGAGAUAAGGUUGGAGUAAAUGGACGUAAAAUUGAGAAACAUGAAGUGAAACACAGACCUUCAGAGAGUGGUGAGAAAGAGAGAAAAGGAGAGAAACAUAAGAGUAAGAACAGCAGUGUAGAAAAAACCCAAACUGCCACUACACCCAAACCAACAGCAUCAGGACCAGUGCCACAGAAAGCUAAGAAGUCCAAGCCUUUCACUUCACUGAUGGACGACAUUUUGUUCGUGAUGAGCGGUUAUCAGAAUCCACAGCGGUCACAACUGAGGGACAUGAUGUUAGACAUGGGAGCCAGGUACCAGGGUGACUGGGACAAAAAAUGCACCCACCUGAUUUGUGCCUUCACUAACACUCCAAAGUACCAACAAGUGAAGGGCCGUGGUAAAAUUGUCUCGGCCAAGUGGAUCACCGACUGCCACAAGAAUAAGAUUAGAUACCCCUGUAAAAGGUACUCUCUGGAAAAGGGGCGUGAUCAGGCUGAGAGUGAAGAGGAAGUCUGGGCGGAAGAACUUUUGCCUAAAGAAUCCAAACCAGUUGUAAAACCAGCCGCUCCUUCACCUAUCCCAGGAGCUACUGCCACCCCAGAACUUGAUGAUGAUACUGACUCAGAUGACAAUGAAGAUACAGAUGAUGAAAUUGAAAGGGUUCUUGCAAGACAGAAGAAGAAUGAAGCAGAAUCAACCUCUAAGAAGGCAGACUCAUCAGAAAAUAACACAAGGCCAGAUACCCAAAAAAGAAUAGUAGAGAAAGACACGAAACUGCCUCCUCAAGUAAAUAUAAGGAAAAACAAAACUACAUCUCAGGCAGUAAAAACAAAUGAAGGUUUGAGAACAGAUAAAGACACACACGUGGCAAAUGGAGCUACAGUGAGCAGUGAUGACGAGGUGUACGAUGAUGACACGGAUGUAGAUGAAGCAAACAUUAAGUACCUGUCUCUCCAACAGAAACCCCCAGACACCUCAGCUUUGCCACUACCCAGCCUUGGAGAUUUCCUUAAGGGAAAAUAUUUUUAUAUUUAUGGAAAGUUAGCAGAAGAGAAAAAGCAGUUGUUGCGACGUUAUAUUAUUGCUUUUAAAGGAGAGUUAGAGGAUUACAUGAGUGAAAAAGUGCAAAUUGUCAUUACCGAAGACAGAUGGGACAAGAACUUUGAUGAGGCUCUGAAUGACAACCCUAACCUGCAGUUUGUCAAACCUGUGUGGAUAUGGCGCUGUUGUGACAAGCAGAAACUUGUUCCUUAUCAGCCAUAUUUGGUGGUGCCAGCAGAGUAAAACAUUUUUGUGGUGACCAUUUAAUAGUUAGGGUGAUAGUGACAGUUAAUGUACAAACCUUUGAAAUGUGUAUGUAUGGAAACUAUUGCAGUGUUAAUUACCUCAGGUCCUGGUAGCUUUGGCAGACAUGAUGAUUAUUUACAAGUUCUUAUUGAUUAAUUAUUACAGGACUAUACUGUACAUGUUGUUUGUAAUGCAGGUCUGAGUCUCCUUUGAUUGUUCCAAUAAAAGAUCCUUUUAAAAUGCAACAAAUGUUUCAAAAUUGUUAAGAAAUGUUUCUUUAUUUAUUGUGUGCAUGAGAAGACAAAGGAGUUGUUCUUCUGAAUAUUGUAUGGAAACAAAAAUUUUUCAUCUGGAAAAUUUAAACUUAAUUUUCAGUACCACACUUGGUAUCUGCCGUAAGGUUGGAUGAAAGUUAAUUUAUGUUCAAGACAGGAAGGCUGUAAAUAUACAGGUAACCCACUAUUUUUUAUGUACCUGUAUUUUGCAAUACAUAUAAUGUAGGGAAAAAUAUUAACUGUAUUUACAAAAGAUUUAUCAAGAGCCCAUGUCAUACUGCACAGUUUGCCUGAUGCCGUUUCAUUCUUGGUUUACACAAUAUGUUACCGGUACGUGGAGCUUACCAUUGUCUCUGGUAAUUACAGAUGUACUGUACAGUAUUUAUAUUUUUUACUGUUGUCACCAAAGUGUUUGAAAAGAUAUUGAACUCGGCCAAAAAAGUGAACAAAAGGUAUAGACAGGAUGACGGCAGAAAUAGCUAAUGGUUGUUGACUCUGCUCAAGAUAUUUAUGGCACUUAAUGCAAUUAGUAUUUUUUUUUUUUAAACUCCAAAUGAUUAAUAUAUUUUAGGACAUACAAUAAAGAGUUGAUAAGGAGUGGGACAGUUGUUGAGGAGUGAUAGGUACAGUUUACUUGGGCUCUGGACCCACCAGAAGUAAUACUUGAUAUGUGAACAACCUUUUCCAUUACCAAAAGUUAAUACCCAAUACAGUAUUCAAUGUACCCAUCACCCAUGUGAGCUUGUGGGUUAGCUGUCUUGCACAAGGCAGUAAAGAACACACACUUGUGGUAUUAAAAGAAGAAAAAAAAAACCCACCAGCAAUUUUCCAUGCUUGCUUGGGUUACCCUUGAUUACCUGAUGGCAGCUCUCCAAGCUGUAUGGUCUCUUAAAGACCCAUGUCAUUCUUGCCCUACCCCUAGGUCCCCUCCCCAUUUACACUCUUGACCCAUUUGGUCUCCUCCAUUCUCUCCACUUAACUAAACAAUCUCGGCCUACUUCUGCACAAAACCUCACCAAUGCUCUCGAUAUUAAGCUACCCUCCUAACAGGCUUUCCUGUCUCUAAAUGUCACAUUACACAUCCAUCUCACCAUUGUCACUUUAGUAUCUGUAUAUCACCCUCUUUAACUGCCCAAACAUGAUAUGUCUCACACUGGUUGCAUAAAUCUUUCCUCUCAAGUAGAGAGAAGGCCCUCUUGUUGUCAAUAAAGGUAACAGCUUCAUAAACUUCUUCAACAGGGUCUUUGAAGGUGACCAUAGAUAGACUGUUGACUCAGGAAAAAUUAUUACUGCCACACCACUUGACAACCACAAUCUUUAGUAAGGUACUGCAAGCAUUGUACAGCCAACCAUAAUAACUAUACUGUACAGUAUUUCUCCCCCAUAUUGUACACGUUUCUUCUCAAUGUUAAUUCUCAUUCUAAAGCUUGAGUGUAUGUAAGGGUUUACUGUUUAAACUUUUUACAUUAUUUAGUAUUCAAUGUUUUGCCCCAUGGCCCCUCAUAGUACCAAGCAGUUUGCUAUUGAGUGGUUAUUACAUUUCACAAAGUCCAAACCAUUUCUGUUCUGUAAACUACUUUGUUAUGUUGGUUGUUCCUUAUUGCCUAAAUUAUGUCUUCAAAGUACAAAGAUGGAUGAAUUAUAUCAACGUCAGUGUUAUUUCAUUAAGUUUGGUAGUUUUAUCAGAAAAGGUUUCUACUUAGGGUCACUGUAAAGUAAAGAUAGUUUUAAGGAAUGUGUACCCUCUUUUAUAUGUAGCUAAAUGUACUGCACAGUUCAUGGUAAAUUUUACCUGUUGAAUAUAUUUAUAUGCAGUACAGUACUGUACUGUAUGUAGAUUUCAAGAAAUAUCAACUUGUACAUUAUUUAAAAUACAAGAAAAGAAGUCAUCCUUGUUAUUUAAUGUCUUUAUGCAUGGAAGUGAGAUGUGAUGAUAAAGAUGUUCAACAAAGGUGAAAAUGAAAGAGAGGAAGUUUUAGAAUACAGUAUUGAAAAGAAGAACAAGUGGAACACUACUGUACCGAGAACAUUAAUAAAUACCAGUAGGUUAAAAUGGUAUUUCUUUUUUCUACAACAAUUAAAUAAUUUUAUGAAAUCUAGGGAGACGUUUUGAAGACGGUGUUGCGUGUCCAAAAACCAAAUUGUACGAUACAUAUUACACACGACUGUAUAAAUAAUACUGUCUGGAUUUUAAUGUUGGAAAUACCUUAUUAGGUAUAAACAUACAUAUAAUUACCCUCAGCCCUCCUUUCCUGGGCAAUAAUAUCAUUAGGUUGAGCCCACAUGGACUGGAGUCAUUAAUUAACACCAAUUACUCAAAAAUUUAAAUUAUGAACCCAGAUCCUUCAUCAGCAUGUGAACGAGUACAGUACCUUUUUACGAAAUGUGAACAAAAUCCAGUGGUGUACCCAGAAAUUUGCCAGGUAGUGGGCAGGUGAACUUUGAAUGAAACUUACUACUGAGGUAUUGUACAGUAAUGUAUAUGUAUUGUUGAAAUACAAAAUGAAUUUUUAUUUAUUUCCUUCUCAUUUAUCUUCUUAUUGUUAAAAAUGGUUCAUGUGGAAUAAUUUACUAACUCGAGGGGGAUCGACCACCCCCGUUGUGCUCCCCCUUUGGUAUGCCUAUGUAUUUGCUUUCUUCAUCUUUAGGCAGUGAAAUUAAUACAUAUGGUUAUGAAGUCAAAUGUUAUUAUUUUCUGUAUAAUGUAUUAUACUGUACUAUAGAAUAUGAAAUCACAUUGUUUAAGUACCAGGACAAUACAUGGACAAAACAAUCCUAU